GUGAUGAUGAUUCGAACACGUCAUCAACUCUAAAUCCUCAUAUAGUUCUGACGUGGCCUAAUAGAGACGACACGUGUACACCCUAAACGUACUAACUUAAAGGCAGGUGGUUGUUACCAUGACCGACGACAAAACUUUUGACAUCGUGUUGCCGGAAGUUGGUGCAGUGACAAAAAUGGCGAUCCAGAGCAGCAGCAGCAGCAACAGCAUCAAAGUCAAUGGUCUGCAGUUCGCUUACGAAGGCCAACCACCUCUCUUCUUAGACUUCAACCUCCAAAUAUCUCCUGGUUCUCGAUGCCUUCUCGUCGGCGCCAACGGAUCCGGGAAAACCACUUUGCUGAGGAUUUUGGCAGGGAAGCACAUGGUUGGCGGGAGAGAUGUGGUGCAGGUGUUGAAUUGUUCGGCUUUUCACGACACCCAUCUGGUUUGUAGUGGCGAUUUAUCCUAUUUGGGGGGAUCUUGGAGUAAAAAUAUUGGCUCUGCUGGAGAGGUUCCACUCCAGGGAGACUUCUCUGCCGAACAUAUGAUAUUUGGAGUUGAAGGGAUCAAUCCUGUUAGAAGAGACAAGUUGGUUGACCUGCUUGAUAUUGAUCUACAAUGGAGAAUGCAUAAGGUAUCUGAUGGACAGCGGCGUCGAGUCCAAAUAUGCAUGGGUCUUCUUCAUCCGUUCCAGGUUCUUUUACUAGAUGAAGUGACAGUUGAUCUUGAUGUUGUGGCAAGGAUGGAUUUACUUGAAUUCUUCAAGGAAGAAUGUGAUCAGCGAGGAGCUACAAUUGUGUAUGCAACCCAUAUUUUUGAUGGGUUGGAGACAUGGGCAACAGAUCUGGCAUAUGUCCAAGAAGGCGAUUUAAGGAAGAUUGAGAAGUUAUCUGAGCUUGACGAGUUGAAGACCUCCGCCAACCUUCUUUCAGUGGUGGAGUCUUGGCUCCGUUCUGAAACCAAGUGUGAGAAAAAGAAACCCAUAAAUCCUCCUGCUCAAAUCCAAAGAACACCCUCUCCUUUUGAUUCUUCACCUUUUAGAUCAUCCAGACACAUGGCAUACUACCGUUGAUUUCUCAAUUUGAGUUCUUGCGUACCCCCUAAAUCUCAAAACUCAAAAUCCAUCAUAAAAAAACAAUAAAAAUAACUGUUAAUGCUUGUUUUCCA